AUGCCGGCCUCUCCCGCUGGCUCAACCGCCUUCUUCGCCCUGGCUCUCCUUACGAUCGCCGCCGCCGUACUCCUCCUCUUACGAUACUACCUACCCUUACGAACCACGCCCGCAUACGUGACCGUCCCAGUCUUCCUCACCAUCGCACUCCCCGCCUCCAUCGUACUCCUCGUACCCAUCGAUCUCGCUAGCAGCGCUGGUACCAAGGGUAUCUGGCUCGGCGAAGCCGUCGUCUACAAAUCAUGGCGCGUUACGUACUGGCUCACGUUCGUACUGUCAUGGGCUAUCCUCCCACUGUUGGGCGAGUACGUCGAUAGUGGGUACCGAGAACCCAAGGCGCGAGCUUUGUACAGCGUGAAGAGUAAUGGGCGAUAUUGGGCUGUGAUGCUGGGGACUGGAGUGCUUGGUCUGGUGUACUACAUAUGGUACAACGGAUUUGAUCUAGAGAAUUUGAAGGGUACGGUCAUGGCACUGGCGUAUGCGUGGUCGCUUGCCUUGGCGAUAUACUUGAUGGGUCACGGACUCGUUGCGUUUCCGCGGAAUCUGUACCGCUAUGCGAGUAUCACCGGGAGGUUGAAACGACUGCAGGCACAGGCGCCUAAGCUUCACGAGAAGUUGACAGAGAGCAUGGAUAAGCUGGACCAGUAUGAGUGGCAGGUUGUGCAGCUCAAGCAGAGAAAGAACGCUACGGCAAGGGAGUUUCAGGAAUGGAUUGAUGAGUUGGCAGAGAAGAGCAGUCUCCCAGAGAGCAGGGCGAGUGUGGUGGGACGGAUGAGCACCGCAACGGUACCGCCCGUCAUCACGGAGAGGUAUCUUGCGGAUUUGACGAGGAAGUUGAAAAGAGCGAGGCAUGCGAAGGUGCGGUUUGAGAGCGAAUGGGAUCGCUUGAUCCACAAGGCUGUCAAGACUCAGGCAAUUCUCGACUCAAAAGCAAGCCAGAGGUUAGAGUUCAAGACGUCACAGUUCCAGGCGGCCAAGGGUGGAUUCAUGGAUCGAUUCACAUUGCUCACGCCCUACACUCGAUACCUCCUUCACGUACACGUUAUACCGACAUUAUUCUACUUCGCCUGGAUCCUCACAUCCCUAGCAUCCCUGGCAGUCGUUUGGUCCGAAUGCAUCCGCUCCUUUGUCUACGACUCCAAGCUCUCCAUCAUCGGCCGCAGCGUAGUCCACCACCCCUCUUCAUCGCGCGGCCAAAUAGGAUUUGGCGGUCAACUCAUCGCCGCCAUGUGGCUCUGCUACAUGCUCACUUGCUCCUUCUUCUCUCUGACCGAAGUCAAGAUUUGGGGAAAUCGUGCGCUCGUCCGUCGAAACACAUACCAAGAAUCUGCAACCUGGUAUUCCCUCCAACUAGCGAAGCUGACCGUCCCGCUCUCGUACAACUUCGUCACGUUCAUGCCGCGUGGCCCAAUUGUCCACGAAACAAGCUUCUUUAAGCUGUUGGGUCAAUACGUCGAAAGCACGCCCGUCGGCCAAAAGUUCAGUGACUACUUCCCCAUCUUCAUUCUCGUGCCGGUACUCGCGACGGCGUUCGGCCUGUACAAGAAAGUCAAGAACAUAAGUGGCUUCGGUGAUCUGCUUGAGGACGAAGAAGACGAGGCUGUCGAGGCGGCGGGGACCGGCGGCUGGCGCGAAGGCCGUGCCCUCAUCGAGCGCGAGAUCCAAUCUUCCUCCAACAAUGGCAGUCUUGGGCUUGCGCAGAGGAAUGCUUCGCCAAACGGGGAGCGGUACAGUGAUAACCCGCCUUUAGCUGCGAAUGCGGAGCCGAGUUCGAGACGGCAGCCGCUGGGAAGGAGGAGGCCGCCUGUUGACGACGAAGAAGAGGGUGGCAACUUCUUCGAAAAUUUCAGCGCGAGGGUGAAAAAUACCUUUGAGACCAGAGAUUGGAAUUUCGAGAGGCCGAGGUGGCUUGGUGGGGAGGAUGAGGUUGAUAGAGGACAGCGAACUAGAGGGUCUGGAGAUGGAGGAGAGAGAGGUGGUGGCUUUUUGGGGUUGUUUGGUGGGCGUUCUGAAGAGGGGAGGCUUAGGCUGUAG